AGUUCAGCUGGAGCAGGGACGAAUACAGAACAAAUUUUGUGUGUGUUUGUAACUAGGGCACCAGAGGAAUAGAGGAAGCCAAAAUGAGCCGGAAAAGCAAAAGGAGUUUAAAGGAGAAAUUUUCCUUGAAGAACAGCUUGAUUAAAGAAGCCCUCUCAGAGUUCCUGGGAACUUUUAUACUGAUAGCACUUGGCUGUGGGUGUGUGGGACAGGCUGUCCUCAGCCGAGGAGUCCAUGGUGGGCCCAUGACAAUAUCGAUUGGAUUUGCAAUGGCAGUCACCAUAGCAGUGUAUGUGUCUGGGGGUGUUUCUGGUGGUCACAUAAACCCAGCUGUUUCAUUAGCCAUGUGCGUGACUGGAAGAUUAAAAUGGACCAAAUUACCAAUUUACAUAUUAGCACAACUCCUGGGAGCAUUUGUUGGAGCUGCGGCUGUCUUUGGGAUUUAUUAUGAUGCCUUUAUGAAGUAUAGUGAUGGAAAACUUGAAGUCACAGGACCUAAUGCAACAGCACAUAUCUUUGCAACAUAUCCAGCUCCAUAUCUGUCCCUCAUAAAUGGAUUUGCAGAUCAGGUGAUGUCAACAGCUGUUCUUCUUCUGGCUAUAUUUGCUAUUUUUGACACCAGAAAUAACGGUGUACCAAAGGGCCUGGAGCCAAUUGCAGUAGGACUUCUUAUAAUUGUUCUUACGUGCUCCUUGGGAAUGAACAGUGGCUGUGCCAUGAACCCAGCCAGGGAUCUAGGCCCAAGGCUCUUCACAGCCAUUGCAGGAUGGGGGAUGGAAGUAUUCAC